AAUUAUUUUUUUAAUAUCACAUUUGCAAGCAACAAAUCGCACUUUGUGUCGUACAAAGAAACUGUUUACCGUGUUAAUAAAUUAAAAUGGCGUUAUUUUAUUUCGUUGCAUUGAAAUAAAGGAAAUUAUAUUUUUACAAAUCACUUGUUUUUUGAUUGUAACUAGUUUUAUUGUAAAAUGGCAGACCCACAAGUGGCUCACAAACAAGUGAUGGAUGAAAUAGUGAAUAGAAAGAAAUUAGGUGAUAAAAAAUCUCAUUCGGAAACAUCGCUUCAAAAUUUAGAAGACAUUGACGAAAGUACUAUUGACGGUGGAAAAGAUCCCGGGGUAGUAAACAAAACACUAAACGGUGUUACAAAUGAAGAUGACGGUGGUGACAGGCGGCGGACGAUGUCGACACCGGGCCCGGUGUCGGGCAGCCUGCUGACGGCGACCGCAGCAAGGGCCGCACGCCGCCGCCCGCCCCGUAGCGUCAUGUACGCACCCGACCUAGAGCGCACUGAUUCAACCAGUAAGAGAGAUGAUGAUUCGAUUUUAGGAACGCCAAUAGGAGAUCGAAAUAGUGCUAGUCCAGUGUUAUAUAAUGGCAAUAUACGUAAUAAUGGAGAUGCCAAAUCUUUAAAUAGCCUUCGUGUAUACAACACGCUUAAUGACGUGCGCGGUGGCACAACUCCUAGAAAACGCUCCGUGGCCACCAUGGACGCGCAGUCCCUACGCUCGGUGGACACCCACGCACCUCCUCCCACCAGCCCAGAAGAUAAUAAACGACUUACAUUGAAAUAUAUGACAUUAAUAUUGAGCGGUAUGUACGCUAUACUGCUGGUGACAUUGGGUGUUAUUUUCAACCUCGCUGAUCCUUUUGUGGAUAUGCAUUUAGCUACGAUAUACUCAUUAGUUUUAACUGGUGUUGGAUUCUUGUACGUAAUGUAUUUACUAUUUGAUAUUGGUAGAUACAAAGGAAACGCACUAAAGAAUCAAAAAGCUAAAGAGAUUCAUGAAGAGAAACUAUCUGAAUAUUAUAGGAAACGAGAAGAAGAGUUCGGGCCAAUUAUAGCAGGGGACCGCACGCCCGAUAGUUACAGAUCACUGAAAAUACCAUCUGCGUUGCUCGUGACACUGAAACAUGACUAUUGCUUCAGCCAGGGCCGGCAUUCGGGUAGCUUUUACCUUAAAUUGGGAGCUGCCGGUUUCGCUCUCGGACAUCUUGUACAUUCCGUUCUGCUGAUCACUUUACAAAUAAACUAUUAUCUUGACGACAACAUUAACAAUCAAGACUGCGUAGACGUAUUGCGAUUAGUUCUUGACGUCGUGAAUCCAUUAUUUUCUUUCGUUCAACUAUAUUUUAUUUUUAAAUAUUCCAACGUGAUCAUUUUGCGAGGGCAGGGUUUGGCGCAUUUUGGUUUUAUGCAUAUGAUUGGAAGCAGUCUAUGUUUUUGGAUUGCGACCAUUGUUCGAGAGACUGUGUUGGCGUUGACACUUUAUGCGAAUUCUAAAUAUGGAAAUAGAACGAACGGCUAUGAAGUCGAAAUUAAUUUAGAUCCAGUGUUUACAUCAGCAGAAAGUCGAAUUUUCGAUAUCAGUAAUCUGUACAACGAACAUUGCCAGGGAUCCGGUGCUAUAUCCUCUGUAUUUGAAAGUGUAUCUCCAUAUCUGUACCCAUUUAGUGUUGAAUUCAAUAUUCUUAUAGUUGCUGUAUACUAUAUAAUUUGGAGUAACAUUGGUCACUGUGAGAACGCAGAUGGAGACAAAAGUGAAUCAAAUUCAAGCUUAGGCGAAAACUAUUCAGUAUGCAAAAUACCAACUGCAAGUGAAGAGAACGAUUACACUAGCAAUAUGGUUAUUUAUGCGGACUGCCAUGCUUCGAACCGAGGGCUUUUUGUCGGCUUAAUAAUAAUUGUUAUUGUUUUGGGAAUGCUCAUUAUUGGGUUCGUCUUCAGUAGUGUUGGCGAUAAUUUCCUGGAAGUGGGUUACCUCCUUAACAACUGCACGAAGCUGGGCCUGCACGUGAUAAUGCUGUUCGCCGCAGUCAUAGCUUAUAAUCAAACGAUCAAGCUUGAUAUAAACGAACAUCCAAUCUCCUUGCUAGACGAUGUCCUACUUUUCAUAUGUCUGCCAGCUUUCUUCCUAGAAUCCGUGCUGUCACUGGCUGCUACAGUGUCAGUAGAAAACAUUAUCAAAUCCAUCGAUUUCGUAGUUAUGGUGGUACAAGUGAUCAUACAGACAUUCUUGUUAGUAGACGGUCUUCGUCGCUGCAGUAAUAGCAGAAAGCUGCGAAGAACGAAGCCGGGACGAGAGCUCAUGAUGUUUAUGAUCAUCGCUAACGUAGCAAUGUGGCUACACUACUCAUUCUCUUACAAAUCACCAGAUAGUUUGGACGAAAGAUAUGAAUUCUAUGGUAAAAUACUAUGGAGUAUACUCGGACAUAUAUCUCUACCACUUAUUAUGUUCUACCGAUUCCACUCCAGCGUUUGCUUUGCUGAUAUAUGGAAUUCUGCGUACAAACCUGGUUCAGAUCAUUAAAAUAACACUAGAAAUGUUAAUAAAUUAUAUAAAAGAAAUGUGUAAAUUA